GCAUUCGGUGGUGUCAACUUGAAAGUUACGCUGAGCGAAGAUUCGAUUCAAUUGAAGUAUGAUUCACCACUUUCUGACUGGAAUGCGUCGUGGAUCUUGCAUAUGAUUCAUGUUCCUUCGACCAUUGAAGUUCAACAUGCAUUGUCCCCUGUGCAGGCACGACCAAUGGCUCAACGACCGCCUCUAUUUCCGUCUGAUAGGGCUAUGUGUUGUGAGCUUUGGCUGGUUAUUAGUAGUUCUGCUGUACAAGUUAGUCGUCGUCAAGUGCAGACUAUAGACUAUUACUAUGGCUGCUGCUUUCGUGGCUGCUUUGUUCCGCUGCUGAUCCAAGCGAACCUGAAUAUCGAAGCAAACACAAGCAGUUUCUAA